AUGGUGGAGGUACCAAAUUGUGAUAGUAGUAUCGCAGAAGCCUCUGUAACAUUACCGAACCACGAUGCCGAGACGUUGGUCAUAUUGGCUUACAACGUCCCGGUAGAAUACCAAUUAACUAACUUUGAAAAUCUGCUAUCAGCACACAUCUCAGAUAUUAGUAAGGUAACCAUUAUUCCACCUUUCUCGUGGCAGGACCGUGUGGACUCCGCUUGGAAGAUUGUCUGUCAAGAUCGUAAUAUUCAUGAAUCCAUUUUGAAGCUGGAAUCAGUUUUAGUAAAACUGAAUGGUAUCCAUAGUACGCCACAAUCAAUUGCCUUUGUCGCAGGAGACGAAUAUGACCUUCCGAGUAUACCGUUCAGGGAAGAUGAGAAAUCGAUUAUGCUUGAACGUCCAAGAUUGAGAACAUCCAAGCGUUAA